AUGGCCGGUCUACUCCUGAGAUGGGGAGCCGACGUGAAUGCCUCCCCGGGUCGCGAUGGCGGAAAGACUUGCCUUGAAGCUGCUGCUGGAGUCGGAAACAUCGAUUUUGUCAAGUUCUUGCUUGGGAAAGGUGCAUCAUGCAGCAACCCAGAUUCUCUUCUGAAAGAAGGGUUUAGGUCUGGCUCUACGGAAUUAGUUAAACUCCUACUUGACCUCUUCUCCAACGCCGGCGAGUCUGUAGUUGAUAUAGCAGACAAUUGGAGUGAAUACCUCGAGAUAACCGCCAAAUCCGGAAACCUUGAGCUCUUGAACAUGAUCCUCAAGCUGUCUGUCGAUAGCGGUACAGAUAUCUACGAGAAACAUGUUAUAGAUGCUAUGGAAGCUGCUGCUGGUCGCAGCGACAGUAGGAUGCUAUGUUCCCUGCUCAUCCCCAAUAUCAACCCCAAUGCUGAUGGGAGGGCCUGUCGUAUCCUGAGCAAAGCUAUACGAGCACCAAUACGGGAAGAAGGUUUCAGUUGCUUCGCUUUGUUAAUGGCCAAGUUCACAGCUUUGUGGCUUGAUCUGAAUGAACCUCUUCCCGGUGAUCCCACACCUCUCUGCACAGCAAUUUGUCUUGGUAAAUGGGUUGCAGCACAAUGCUUGAUAUUAUGUGGUGCUGAUGUUGAAAAACCAUCUCUAUGUUAUGUCGGACCUGAUGACCAGAUGAGGAAUGACACAAUCCAAUCGCCCAUUGUACAAGCAAUCAGAAAACAAGGGCACGACGAUGGUGUCUGUUUAGUCAGCCUUCUCAUAACUAACGGUGCAAAUGUCAACAGUUUUGUCGAUGAACAUAAGUCUGCCCUGUUGCUAGCUCUAAAAUUGAAGAGAUACGAAAUCGCAGAAGUACUACUCGAGCACGGGGCAAAUCCGAAUGCUGAAGAUUCAGAAACAGGAAAGAACGCUUUUGAUUUCAUUGCUGAUAAGCACAUCUGGCCCCCCUUUUCAACCUUCAAAUCGCUCAUCGAUCAUGGCUUUCAGCCAAACAGAGUAUCUGGUGCUGAUAUUCUGAAUCAAAUUGUUGCACUUGCCUUCCGGAACGUUUCUGAUACCCACAAAUGGAAAACAGUUACACCAGUAGCUUCGUUGCUGCUUAACGCUAGCGCCAGAGUCAACACACGCCCGACAGAAAAGUACCCCAUGACAGCUCUUCAGUAUGCUGUUGAUGCCAACCACAAAGAGCUUGUCACUGUCCUUUUAGCCGCAGGGGCUGAUAUCUACGCCCCUGCGUUUUGGAAGAGGGGAAAGACUGUUCUUCAAGCGGCUUCUUAUAGUGGCAGUCUCGAGCAGGUUCGAAGUCUUGUUGCACAGGGUCUGGAUAUAAAUGCCAAACCUGCCUCGCACUACGGCGCAACUGCACUUCAGUUUGCAGCAAUGCAAGGGCAUUUAGAGGUAGCCAUCUUUCUCCUUGAGAACGGGGCUCUUAUAAAUGCUCCAGCUGCUCCGUUUCAAGGUCGAACGACACUUCAAGGAGCUGCUGAGCACGGGAGGUUAGAUAUGAUUUAUCUGCUACUUGAGAACGACCAAGAUGAUGGCUUGGAGGAAAGAUGUCAGGACGCGGCGAAAUUUGCAGAGACCCAAUCGCGUUUCGAGAUUGCACAGCUCUUAAGAGAGUACAAGAAAUUGUGA